AUGAUGAAGAGUUCCUGCCGAGCUGGCCUCCACCGGGAACUGCUGAAUUCCACAUCCUCCGCGUUACACCCGGUCAAACGGUACGGUUAGAUGCAGAGUCCCCAUUUCUCUACCUCAGCUGCCUUCCGAUAGGCUCUUGGUGGCUGAAAAACCCAUUUUUAAGCAAGGAUCCCAAGGAAACGGGGAGGAACACUGGAUUCCUGGCAAUUUAUAGACUGAUUUUAGGUCCCAGGUGACUCUGAUAUCUCCUAUGAUGAAGGGGGUUUGUGUCAGCGUUGCAAAGGGAAAGGCUAUGGUCUUUUAUAGACUGGGUGGAUGACUAGAAAACAAGAAUCAGAGGAUAGGAAUAAGUCAGCUAUUUUCCCAGUAUGUACAGUUGUACCUUGGAAGUCUAACGGAAUCUGUUCUGGAAGUCCGUUCGACUUCCAAAACGUUCGAAAACCAAAUCACUUCUUCUGAUUGACUGCAGGAAGCUCCUGCAGCCAAUCAGAAGCCAUGGAAGCCCCGUCAGACGUUUGGGUUCCAAAAUAACAUUUGCAAACCGAAACAAUCACUUCUGGGUUUGCAGCGUUCAGGAACCAAAACUUCCGAGUUCCAGGGCGUUCAGGAUCCAAGGUACCACUGUUCUUCAUUAUCAAUAUUUGUGUCCCUUGCCUGCCAAAGUAGGACCCUCGAAACAGCUUAUGACAACAAUGAUCGGUUAAAAAAAACCCAACACCCUAGGAAGGAAAAGCCACCCUCCUAAGAUGUGUCUGGGCCUUCAUUUCUAGCUCCCUCAUGCUAAGACAGAAGAUGCCGGACUCCUCCAAAACUUCAUGGGUGCUUGAGAAAUCAUGCUAAGGUCAUGGCUUAAUUCUGGGUCAGCAUCCUCUGCUCUGAAGUCCCGACAGGAUCACGGGUCUUCUGCUCAGCCUUAGAAAUAAAAUCCAAACAAAUAAUCAAUUUGAAAAAUGAACUCAGUCUUGAGAGGCCGAAAAUGAGUUUGUUCAUUGUUACUGAAGUUCCUUCUUCCUGUAGUUUUAGGGUCCAGUUUAUAUCAGAGCCUUCCCCAAGCUAAUACCUCCCUCCCCCCAGUAUUUUGGACUAGAACUUCCACCAGCCCCAAGCAGCAUGGACUGUAGCCAGGGGUGUCGUCCUCUCUCUGUUUCUCUCUCUCUCACACACGUGUUAAUGUGUGUUUGUGUGUAUGCACACAUGUGCAUGUAUGAACACACAACUCCCUACCUACUCUAUAAAAAAGCUAUCCCAUCUCCUCUUGAUCUCUCAGCUCCUUGUGUACAAAAGCACACUUCAAAAAUCAUCAGUGGUUUCAGUUUUUAAUCUGUGCAUUUCUCUCUCUUUCCUAGAAUAUCUGGCAUGCACUUAAAGCCCUAUCUCAAGUUACAGAAGAAAGAACGGCCUCUGGAAAUAAGCCUGGACCCUCCCCGAAGCCCACCAAUGAGCCAGCCGAGGUUGGCAGAAGAGGAGAAGCCCAGCAGCCCCGAGCCAAGCCUCUUUCCAGCCCCGUCUCUCCGGAAGCCAUUGGGGACACUCUCCCCCAACACCAUCGGCAGCAGCAGGAGCCACGCGGAAGGGCCCGGCGGGAAGGAGAGGAGAGCUGCCCUCCCGGCCACCAUCCACCAGGGGGACGACGGAGAGGGGCCACUGGACAUCUGGGCCAUCGUGAAGCCGGGGAACACAAAGGAGAAGGUCGCCUUCUUUGCGGCCCAGCAAUGCGGCGACCGCAGCCGGGUGCUCUCUGUGAAGAACAAGAGCACCUGGGACAUCGACGGGAGGUCCACUAAGCGCAGGAAAAAGUCGCUGGAUAUCAAGAAGGCAAAAGUCCACCUGGAAAGGAUGAGGGAGGCCAGCGGGAGGUGCUACCAGCCUGAGCCAUUUGCCUGCGGCAUCGAGCACUGCUCUGUCCAUAAUGUGAAUGACGGCCUGGAGGGGGGCUUCCCGGGACGGCCCCUGUCUGUCGUCGAGAUGGUUGCUUUCUUGGAGCAAAGAGCCAGCGUCUUGCUGGCUGACUGCUCCAAAAACUGCCCCAGUGCCUCUGCUGUGACCAAGUUCCCUGGCCAGCCCAAAGCCGCUCCCCUAGCCUCUCCCGGACCUUUUCCCACCUCGGGAGUCUGCGAAGCUCCCUCUGAAAAGGCAGCCUGUGGGGCGAGCGGCAACAGCAGCAGCGGCAGCAGCAGUGAUGGGGAGCAGCAGGCAGAGCCCCUUCGAGUGCUGGACAUGGUGGCCAAGCUGGAGUCGGAGUGUCUCCGGCGCCAGAACGAACGUGAAGCAGGGUCACUCUCGAGGAACAACAGCUUCCGGCGGAACGUGGGGCGGAUGCUGCUGGCGAGCGGGGCACCCCCGGAAAACGACGCCGGCAAGGCGCCCCCAGAAGCUCCCAGCCAGGAAGAGCCCUGUCUGCCGCUGGAAGGCCAGCUAUCUUCGAUUGUAGACGCCCGUGCUGGGAACGGCCUUCUCGUGCGCGAGCAGGGAGGGUCGGUCUCCUCCAGCCGCGGUUGGCUCAGUUCUGAGAAGGCGAGCAAACCCACAUAUCCGGAAGCUGCUCAGGCGCCCCCACAUUCCUUGCACAGCAGAAAAGCGACGGUUGAUUGUACGCCGAAGGAACCGGCCACUCUUCCCAGCCUGGCUCCCAACGCGCGAGUGAGAGAGUCCGUAAGCAUUAGUAUCUCUGUCACCAAGAGGGACGCAGGCUACAGAGCCGCCCAGCCUUCCGACGCCGCCUUGGGCGAAGACCCUCUUCCGGGCAGACUCUUCUUGCUCCUGUCCAGGUGCGAGCCCCCCCAGGAGUGCCUGCGCUCGGGGGAGACCCUCCCCGAAGAGUGCCGAGGGGGCCCUCAAGGGAAGGAAACCUCCCUGGGCGAUGAAGCCCUGCGCCUGCCCGCCCUCGCUCCCGGGGAGCCCCAGGAGGCGCCCUCGGAAAGCGCCCCGCAGGCCCUCGCCUCCUCGCGCCUGAAGCGGCAGAGAUCUCACGACUUCCUGGAGACCAGGUUCAAAAUCCAGCAGCUCCUGGAGCCGCAGCAGUACCUGCUCUUCCUGCCGCACCACAUCAUCGUGAAGAUCUUUGGGCUGCUGCCCACCCGCAGCUUGGUGGCACUCAAGUGCACCUGCGGGUACUUCAAGUUCCUCAUCGGGUACUACAACAUCCGGCCGGCCGACUCCCGCUGGGUCCGCGACCCCCGCUACCGGGAAGACCCCUGCAAGCAGUGCAAGAAGAAGUACACCAAGGGCGACGUCUCGCUGUGCCGCUGGCACCCCAAGCCCUAUUGCCAGGCGCUGCCCUACGGACCCGGCUACUGGAUGUGCUGCCACAGGUCCCAGAGGAGCGUCCCCGGCUGCAGGCUCGGCCUUCACGACAAUCACUGGGUGCCUGCCUGCCACAGCUUUAACCGUGCUCUGCACAAGAAACCCAGGGAGGCGGAAGAGGACUGUUAG